AGACUCCCCAUCAUGUUUUCUGUCUGGUAAACUUUCUCAUGCAGCUGCAGUGAUUGGAAACGGUUACAUGACACAACAUGGCACUGAGAGAUUUUGUCCAGGAUGCACUUGAAUCGCCUCCUCUGUCUCUAGGAAGAGCGAUCUGAGAAGGAGGAGGAGGAGAUGAGGUAUGGUCUGUAACCAUAGCAACCAGAAGGGUUAUAUGAGAACGGACACUGACUGGAGUGAAGGUAGAAACUCUCUGCAAGCUUUAGCAACAAUGUAGACGUCCCGAUGAUGAUGAUGAUGAUGCAGGGCCUUGUAGGGAGGAGGAGCAGCGACUGAUUUUCUCCUCAAUUUUAUCACACCCUGCACUCUAUGUCCGUCCCGACUGGGCGGCUAGAGUGCUAUGUCAUCAACCACACCCCCAUCGGCUCAACCGUCUAAGAAGGGACGGAAGCCGGAGAAAUCGGAGGUGAUGGCUGAUUCGGUGCCGGCCACCAAUGAGGAACUGAGGAGCAAGAUCAUGGACCUUCAGAUAGAGCUACAGCAGGAGCGCGGGAAGGUAUGCAAACUCCGCGAGCGGCUCCAAGAGCAGCGGCAGGCUCGCGAACUUGAGCAACACAAGCAUGCCGUAGCACUCACUGACCUGCGUGCCAAACUCCAUGAAGAAAAGCUACGUGAAAUCGCUGCCAUACGGGAGACUCUGGCACGGCAGCAUGAAGCCGAGCUGGCCAGAACAAUCAAGAUCCGGGAUACUGAGGUUCAGAGGCUGCAGGGUCUUGUGAAUGCACUGAGAGAUGGAGCUGCUGACAAGCUCAAAAAUGCCCUUCUUGCAGAGGCUAGGGAGGAAGCCAGGAGAGCCUUUGAUGGGGAGAGAAUAAAGCUCCAGCAGGAGAUUCAGGAGCAGAAAAUGGCUCGGAAGCAAGCCGAAGAGGCUCUUGCAAACGCUCUUCAGGCUGAUAAAGCCAAAGCAGCUGAUCUCCGCACAGCCUACCAACAGCACCAGGACGAGGUGCACCGCAUUAAACGCGACUGUGAGAAAGACAUCCGCCGGCUGAUGGAUGAGUUGAAGGCAAAGGACCGGGUGGUGUGCGCUCUGGAGAGGGAGCUGGGGUUACAGGCUGGCUAUGCCCAGAAGCUUCAGCUCCAAAAGGAAGCCCUGGAUGAGCAGCUGGGUCAGGUACGAGAGGCCGAGAGACACAACCAUGGCAGCCCGAAGAGAGAAGUGGUGCCUGGACUAGGAGAAAACCCAGACUUGCUCAACAACCAGGAGGUGGAGGAGCGUGACAUGAGGAGGUUCCAGUUGAAGAUUGCAGAGCUCCACUCAGUCAUCAGGAAACUGGAGGACAGAAAUGCACUACUGGCCGAUGAGAGGAAUGAACUAUUGAAACGGGUGCGAGAGGCAGAGAGCCAAAUGAAGCCCAUGUUUGAGAAGAAUAAGCGGCUGUCCAAGAAAAAUGAUGACCUCCUGCAAACACUGCAGCGCAUGGAGGAGAAACUCAAGAACCUGAGCCGUGAGAAUGCUGAGAUGAAGGAGAAAGCUUCCUCCUCUCGGCCACCAUCACAGCAGCAGUCUGUUCAGGCCCAGAUGAAGCGACCAAGCUCCCUGACCGACCUGACCCACGCCCAUGAGGAACAGGAAGUAGAGUUCCUCAAGCUGCAAGUUGCUGAGCAACGCGGCAUCAUUGAUGAGCUCACGCAGGAACGUGAUCGAUUGGUGAUGAGCAAAAAGAACAGGAAGAAACCUUUCAAGCUGCCGAAAAGGCAUGUUGUGGAGACAUAUUUUGGAUUUGAUGAGGAGUCGAUAGACUCUGAAACCUCCUCACUGACCUCUUAUAACACUGACCUCACUGACCGCACGCCUGCAACUCCAGAGGAGGACUUGGAAGAGAGCAUUUCCCGUGAGGAGUCAGAGCUUCGUUUUCGUCAGCUCACUAGAGAGUACCAGGCUCUUCAGCGGGCCUACGCUCUCCUGCAGGAGCAGACUGGGGGGUCUCUGGAUGCAGAGAGGGAGGCCAGGACCCGUGAGCAGCUGCAGGUGGAGCUCAGCAGCUGCCAGGCAAAGAUCGUGGAUCUGGAGAAGGCCCUGGCUGAGCGGGGGCAGGAUUCAAAGUGGGUAGAGGAGAAGCAGUACUUGCUCAGGACCAACCAGGAACUGCGUGAGAAGAUGAGUGCGCUGCAGCAGGCGGAGUCCCGGCUGCAGGCUGAGGUUCAGGAUGCUCGGGACCAAAAUGAGCUGCUGGAAUUCAGAGUCCUUGAACUGGAAGAAAGGGAACGCAGAUCACCUGCCCUCAAUCUCCACAUGUCUGCGUUCCCUGAGAACAGUAGCAGUGCCCUGCAAGUCUACUGCCACCAGGAGGGAGUCAAGGAUGUAAUCAUUCCUGAACUGAUGAAGAAGUUGGAUAUUCUGGGAGAUAAUGGGAAUCUCAGAAAUGAAGAGCAGGUGGCUGUGAUCCAAGCAGGGACUGUGAUCUCACUCUGUGAAAAGUGGUUGAAGCAGAUAGACAGCACUGAGGCUGCCCUCACGCAGAAGAUGAUCGACUUGGAAAAUGACAAGGAGCUGUUUAGUAAGCAGAAAGGAUUCCUUGAGGAGGAGUUGGACUACAGGAAGCAGGCCUUGGACCAAGCCUACAUGAGGAUCGAGGAGUUGGAGGCCACGCUGUAUAGCGCUCUGCAGCAGGAGCAGCCGGCAUGCCAGGCGGUGGCUGAGUCGCUGACAGACAGGCAGAGGGAGGAGCUGAGGCUAGCCGUGGACAAGCUGCGGCGUCAGAUUCUCCGGCAGAGCCGGCAGUAUGACAGUCAAAUCUUACAGGAGCGCAUGGAGCUCCUACAGCAGGCCCAGCAGAGAAUAAGAGAGCUGGAGGACAGGAUUGACUUGCAAAAGAGACAAAUAAAGGAAAUAGAGGAAAAGUUUUUGUUCCUCUUUUUAUUUUUCUCUUUAGCAUUUAUUCUUUGGCCUUAAUGAAAAUGCCCAUGGACCCACAUCAGGUGUUAAGGUGCUGUGGUGGCGAGCGAAGAUGAGAUAAAACCUAAUUGUUUUUUAUGCAUUUGUAGACAGUUCAACUAAACCUUAUG